UUUAAUUUUUACGGCUUUUAACUCCUGCAGCAUGAUACAGGUAACAGAUGUUGUGUGUAGUAAGUUUCUUUUUUAUCUUUAGGAAGUGGUCCUCUCAAGUCUGUCAGCAAACAAUGGGAGCGGCGUUGUCGUCGGCAGCCAUGCCGGAUACUAUAGUCUCAGCAUCAUCUAUUUCGUGUUGACGUUGUGCAACUUGAUCACGCCCGUAUUCAUCCGCUACCUGACCGGAAAAUGGUCCAUGAUAGGCCUGACUUUUACUUUACGUUUAGUAAUCUGGGUGGGACAAGGCAACUACCUGACUCUCUGUUCUGACCAAUCUACUAUUGGUCGAAAUUCCGGCAUCGUCUGGGCACUGCUGCAGUGUAGCCUUCCAUUUGGUGGCAUCUUUCUGUAUACGCAAUUUCGGCAGAAUUCUGAAUCCAUUCCUGUAUCAACGAUUAAACUGGUGUACAUAUGCUUCAUAACUAUAGCUUUGGUUGGAACGCUCAUUUUGGCAUUACUAAAGCCACUCAAGAGGAUUGCCGACGGCUCUGAGUCAGAGCAGCCAAUAAUUGUCGAAUCUGAUUCCGUUGUUUCUGCCGUCGAUGGUGCUUCUCUAAAAAAUGGGGAAGAAAUGCACUCAGGCUUGCAGGAAUUGGGUUUCUUGCUUACCUUUUGGUCUGGCAUUUACGGCACCAGCUUAGCGUAUACUUUGAAUUUUGCGGUGAAAACGCAGGGCCUACUGGCAUUGAACGCGAUUUUUAUUGGUUUGGGUGAAACUUUCGGUGGUUCAGUCUUCGGCUUGUUCGGUAAACAGCUUGUGCACAAUCGUAACACCGUCAUCAUUCUUGGAAUCAUCACGAACUACGUAUAUUCAAUUCUUGGUGCUUAUUAUGCGAAGGACAGUUCCAAAUCCUUUGCACUGUACAAAUUUUUCCAGUCUCUUGCUGCUGCGGCUGGCUUUUAUUAUGACAUUAUGGCUGUUACUGCUGUGAAUGACAGCGGAUUUGGCGAUACAGAGCUAUUGCAAGAUGACGAUGAGGAUUUGGACGAAACAUUGCUGGAACGUAUCCAGGGCCUUUGUGAGAUGUUUCCUGAAAGUUUCCGUAAUGUCUUCGGAUUUGCGAUUAGCAGCGGCAUUGGACUGUCGAAAUCAUUAUUCUUCUUGACAAGAAAGAUCCUGUGGAUUACCACCACUUCAGCCACUGUGAUAUUGCUGCCGUUUUUGUUCGUGAAGGAGAUCUCAGAAGUGGAACAGAUGCAGUUACAGCAGCAGCGACAGAUAUUAUUUGGUCCUAGUCAAGCACUGGCCAGCGGCAGUCACGCGGGAAUUGGUGGCCUCGCAGGUGGUAGGGCAGAUCUGUUUACGAUAUCCCACAACAUUAUGUUUACGGUAAAUUCUAGUAAAAGUCGCUACACCUAUUAGUA